AUGGACUACUCACUUCAACAUCACAAGGCCCUCAUUGGCCAACCCAUCCACUCUCUCCUCACCCCCUCAAUCACCAUCAGUCACCCAGUGUUGAAGGCCAACAUUCGCAGACUGCACGACGAUGUAUCAAGCAUCGGCAUUGCAUUCAGACCGCAUGUCAAGACACUCAAGUGUCUCGAAGCCACCCGAAUGAUGCUAGGGAACGGUGAUCACCGAAAAGUAGUUGCCUCUACUAUCCCAGAGAUCUUGGGUGUGUUGCCUCUGGCUCAAGAGGGGCUUCUAGACGAGUGCUUGUACGGGCUUCCAGUAUAUCCCUCCAUACUGCCACGCCUUCAGGAGAUCAGGCGCUCGCUCCCUAUAACGCUUAUGAUCGAUAGCCCACAGCACAUCCAAGUCCUGGAAGAUUUUGCAGAUCGCUCCGAGUCUUUCGGUCCAUGGCGUGUCUUCAUCAAGGUUGACGUAGGCUCACAUCGGGCAGGCGUCGUGCCAGAAACUGCUGCGCUGUCAGACCUCGUUCAUGAGGCGCAAGCUUCCAAAGCGCUGCAAGUCAUUGGCUUCUACUGUCACGCAGGACACUCAUACAGCAGUCGCUCGGAGGUGGAAGUCAUACAGGUUUUGGAAGCUGAGCUCGCUGGCGUGCUGUCCGGCGCAAAGUUGAUCCCUCGGUCUCAGCCCUUGAUCGUAUCGAUUGGCGCGACUCCAACAGCCCAUGCAAUAACGAAGCUUCGUCGUCUGUUGCCGCAGAAUGCAACGCUGGAGCUGCAUGCAGGCAACUUUCUUGUCAAUAACCUACAGCAAGUCUCCACAAGCCUCAUAGGCUUGGAACAACAAGCAAUUCGAAUCUGCGCCGAGGUCUGCAGCGUAUACCCGGAACGCAAUGAAGCACUUCUCAACGCAGGCGUAAUUGCGCUUUCUCGUGAGACAAGCGCAUUUGAGGGAUUCGGCCAGGUCGUGGACAAACAAGGCUGGGCUGUCGUUCGGCUCUCGCAAGAGCACGGUAUCAUUGGUAGGACAAAGUCCGCAGAACACAGAAACGUUUCUUUGGACUUCAAGGACGGAGACAGGGUGCUUCUGUUUUGCCAGCAUGCGUGA